UGUUCGGUCUGACAUGGGCUGGCCCUCAUCUUGCAGCUCUGUAAUUUUUUGACCCACACUCAACAUAUGAACUUGAGUAUUACCAUCCCCGCUGCAUUGAACAAUACUGCCCCCCCCACCGAGCCACUGAUUGAUGCCUCUACAGAAUGGCCUUCUACUGGUACCCAGGACUACUGGAAUGAAACUCUGAAGGAAUUUAAGACACUGAUAAGUUUUAUUCUCCUUGUUGUUUAGGCCUCUGCAUAUGAUUGGAUUCCUGAAAUCCAGGGAAUUAUCCUCAGCUCCCUCAACUAUGACUCAUUCCUGGUUCCAAUUCCCAGUGAUUAUGUGGCUGGCAUAUUUGGAGUCAGAUAAAUGGUUAUUGUUGGCUUGUUGAUUUCUUCAGUCCUGACCCUCUUUCCAUUGGCUACUGAUGCUGCAGUGGUCUUGCUCAUUGUCUUUUAGAUUGUCCAAGGUAUAGCCCAGGUUAUGGUAUUAACAGGUCAAUAUUCAGUUUGGAUCAAAUGGGUUCCCUCCACACCCUUACAGAGAGAGUCAAAUCAAAUCACCACCAUUGCUGGAUCAGGGUCAUUGUUGGGAACCUUCAUUGUUCUCCUUGUCAGUGGCCUCUAUGACUUUGGAUUGGUCCUCUACCUUGUAUUUGGAGAAGUAGAUGUCCAAGACUGUGAAAGAGAGGAAACUCACUCAUUUAUGAAGGCAAAGGAUAAUGACUUCAUCUAUGCAUAUAACCAUAAAAGCACUACUUAA